GGACUGAGGUUGGAGAAACGUAGCCGGGGCUCAUAUUCAGAGAGGGGCAGAAGCGCCGGGACCCUGGACGGUCUCUCACACCUUUAAAAAACAUUUUCUCUCAUUAUUUAAACUAUUCAUCCCAAGAGUGUCAAGUGAAAGUCAGGCUGCGGGUGUAAAAUCAGUUUCGCAUAUUUUGUUGUUUUCUGAGUUUUGACAGUGGUCGUUCACUGAGCGCAACAGCUGCUCCAGAGCACCUUUUGGAUUAUUCAGUGUACGUUUGUUGUUGAAGGCAAAAACACCGCUUUACUUCGUCUAAUAUACACUUCAUCUGAAACUUCGGACUGCUGUCAAAGCACACCUACCGAGUCUUUUUAGGUAUGCCUGUGGUCAUCAGUGUGUCUCCGGACAGGUAACCAGGUGUGUUGCUGCUGUCAUGGCCUUGCCAACCCUGCGGCUGUUUCCUGUCACUGUGGUCACAGUCCUGGUGGUGCUCGUGUCGUCGUCAGAGGACCAUGACUGGCACUUUAACCCAGCUCAGUGUCGUUACGCCCUGGGGAUGGAGGAUGGAACCAUCCCAGACUCUGACAUUACUGCCUCCAGCGCCUGGUCAGACUCCACUGAGGCCAAACAUGGAAGGUUGAGUACUGGAGAGGGGGAUGGAGCGUGGUGUCCUGCAGGAGCUGUUUUCCCCAGUGGAUCAGAAUUCCUUCAGGUAGACCUGCACAAACUCCACUUUCUGGCUCUGGUUGGUACUCAGGGUCGUCAUGCUGACGGGCACGGCCAAGAGUUUGCCCGCAGUUAUCGGCUCCGCUAUUCCCGAGACGGAGUGAAAUGGAUCACCUGGAAGGACCGCUGGGGCCAGGAAGUAGUGUCAGGGAAUGAGAACACCUAUGAUGUUGUGCUAAAAGACCUAGGCCCUCCAAUUGUGGCCCGCAUGGUGCGCUUCUACCCCCUGGCUGACCGGGUUAUGAGUGUUUGCCUUCGGGUGGAGCUCUAUGGUUGUGUAUGGAACGAUGGGUUGAAGGCUUACACAGCUCCAGUAGGUCACGUCAUGCACCUGUCUGGCAUGCCUGUCUAUCUAAACGACUCCACCUAUGAUGGGAGCACUGAACAAGGGAUGCAGUUUGGAGGCCUGGGUCAGCUAUGUGACGGCGUCCUGGGAGGUGACGACUUUAUACAAACUAAGGAGCUGAGAGUGUGGCCUGGGUAUGACUACCUUGGCUGGAGCCGGGAAGCCCUGGGGCAAGGCAGCGUGGAUAUUGAGUUCCACUUUGAGAGACCACGUGUCUUCCACAACAUGCAGGUGCACAGUAACAACCGCCACACCCAGGGCGUUCGAGUCUUCAACAAGGUAGAGUGUCUUUUUAAGCCCGGCAUCCUCCAGCCCUGGUCCUCUCCUGCCCUCACUCUGCCUGUGCCCCUUGAGGAUCUAAAGGACCCCUCCUCUCGACCCAUCUCCCUCCCACUGGGAGCCCGGCCGGCUCAGAUCCUCCGCUGCACAUUCUACUUUGCUGACCGCUGGCUACUCAUCAGCGAGAUAUCCUUCCUCUCUGAGCCGCUUGAGGAGGAUGUCACGGAGACUGAUUCAUUUCCUCCUAAUCUUCCCAAGAUUCCUACCACCAGUUCCUCUCCUCCUUCUGUUAACCACACCUCCUCCUCUCCCACAUUGAGCCACAGCUCUUCCAACGCCACCGCCAGCCCAUCUGAACCCCCCACCACCACCUCCUUCAUGAUGGACACCACUGGUAACUGGACACUGUCAGAUCCAGAAUUUGGUGCAAACACUCCAAGGGCGGGGCUUCCUGUAGCCAAGGAUGACAGCAGUAAUACAGCUAUUCUGAUUGGCUGCUUGGUGGGCAUCAUCCUUCUGCUGCUGGCUGUGAUAGCCGUCAUUCUGUGGAGGCAGUAUUGGAAAAAGAUACUGGGCAAGGCCCAGGGCAGUCUAUCCAGUGAUGAGCUGCGGGUUCACCUGUCAGUCCCCUCGGACAACGUGGUCAUCAACAACACACACAGCUACUCGAGCCGCUACCAGCGCAUCCACACUUUCCCUGAUGACCGCGACCAUGACAGAGAGGGAGAAGGAGAGUACCAAGAGCCCAUUGCUCUGCUACGGCCAAGGGAUCAAAGAGACAGCACAGCCUUGCUGUUAAACAACCCAGCCUAUCACCUGCUCCUGUCAGAUCACAGAAAAGGCAUGAGACCCCUAGUCGUCCCCAGCACCAGUCAGGCUCAGGAGAAGAGUCUCAAUGUGCCCCAGGCCUGUGGUUUGGACAUGGACAUGGAGAAGGGUUUCCCCCCAACUCAUGAGGAGCCUCCUCCCUACCCUGGCUCCCCUCCUUACCCCUCCCUGUCUCCACCCGUAUCUCCCCCACUGCCUCCCAGCGUUCCUCAUUACGCUGAGGCUGACAUCGUGAGCCUGCAAGGUGUCAGCGGUAACAACACCUACGCCGUGCCCGCUUUGGCCUCUUCGAGCCCCGGGGCAGACGCUGCCCCGCUCCCAGAGCUGCCGCGCCAAUGUCUUAUCUUCAAGGAGAAACUGGGAGAGGGACAGUUUGGAGAGGUGCACCUGUGUGAAAUCGAGAGCCCUCAAGACCUUCCCAACUUGGAGUUCCCCUUCAAUGUGCGAAAAGGUCGCCCUCUCCUGGUAGCAGUGAAGAUACUGCGCCCGGACGCCUCCAAAAAUGCCAGGAACGACUUCCUGAAAGAGGUUAAGAUCCUGUCUCGCCUGAAGGACCCAAACAUCAUUCGUCUGCUUGGAGUGUGUGUGAGCAGUGAUCCCCUUUGUAUGGUCACUGAGUACAUGGAAUGUGGAGACUUGAACCAGUAUCUGUCCCACAGAGUGCUUCUGGACAAGACUGGGCCUUCACAAAAUACUCCGACCAUCAGUUACCCAGCUCUCAUCUCCAUGGCCAGCCAGAUUGCGUCAGGAAUGAAGUUCCUCUCCUCCCUCAACUUCGUGCACCGGGAUCUGGCAACACGUAAUUGUCUGGUUGGGGGUGAGAAGGGUGAGAGCGGAGAGGAUCGGGGUGGUGAGCGUCACAUUAAGAUAGCUGAUUUUGGCAUGAGCAGGAACUUGUACGCUGGAGACUACUACAGGAUCCAGGGCAGAGCUGUGCUGCCGAUACGCUGGAUGGCCUGGGAGUGUAUACUCAUGGGUAAGUUCACCACGGCCAGCGAUGUGUGGGCAUUCGGGGUCACUCUGUGGGAGAUGCUGAGCAUUUGUCAGGAGCAGCCGUACUUCAACCUCACUGAUGAACAAGUCAUCGACAAUGCUGGGGAGUUCUUCAGAGACCAGGGCAGACAGGUAUAUCUGAGCAAACCGGCUGUGUGUCCUCAGGGUCUCUAUGAGCUCAUGUUGAGUUGCUGGAACAGAGACUGCAAGCUCCGCCCGUCCUUCGCCUACAUCCACUCCUUCCUUACUGAGGACGCUAUGAACAUGGUGUAGAGAGAGAAUCAGAGAAAGGCAACGAGGAGAAAGGCAACGCUAAAAAGGAGAAACGUCCCGUACGUUUAUGCAUCCUUGCUACAGCGGGAUGAUGGUGGUGGAGGUGCUGCACGGCGGAGGCAGAUGAGGAGGAAGAGUGGGUUGAUUGCUUUUAUAUACUUUUUGGGUGGAUGGGGCUGAGACACCGCUGGUUCGGUUCAUUUCCACAUCAGACCCCAACCCCAAAGGCAAAACUAACCCCAGCUUUAGAUUAUCUAACAGUCCGAGCUACAUUUCAGAGUGGGUUGGUGGUGGGUGCAGUCUGCUUAGGAACUUUCUGUCUUCUUAGAUACUCAACAUGCAAGGAGGGUUUGUGUGUGACUGGUAAUUAAUUACAAAAGAAGCUGCAGAGGCUACAUUGACAGAAUAUACUCCAAACUAUGACCAUAGCAAGCUAGGAAAUGAACAGUUAUUAAGCUUCAUGACUUUUGUUAAUCAACAUCUCAGAUGCUGCAUGUAGUCUAACAGGUGACGGUGCACAUGACACACAAACCUCUCUCAGCCUCUUUCAUGUCUGAACAAUAGGUGUUCUACCUAUUGUUCAGACAUGAAAGUGCACAACAGCAAUUGUCCUAGAUUUUACAGUAUGUGUAGCCUACUGGACACAUUUUAAGUCCAAGCUUCAGCCCCAUUUGCCCAUCUGAGAAACAAAAAAAUGAUAAUCCACAAAAAGUCUUUGAAAAUAUUUUAGGCUUCAGACAUGGCUGAUGGUGAUAAGCAGAACUCAUUAUGUUUGGUAACCCUUCAUCAAUCCUCUGUCUCAACCCCACAACCUUACAUAGUGACCCGAAGUUAUUGUGGACUCAUGUGAAAUGAUGUGGACCAGACAACAGCAGCCCCCCUUUCUGCAAUGUGCCCCCCCCCCCCAUUGCAGUCAAGAAAUCCAACCAGUUUUUCUUAGCCACAGAGAAAAGAACUGUUUCCCAGAAGAUGAAAUUCUGCGGCUGCCGAUGAGAUGUGACCCACAAACUGGAAUGACUUUUUCUAAGCAGAGAGACAAUACUGCCAGCCGGAGCAGUGGACAGGACAUCUUCAGAUGCACCUGUUCUGGUGUUAUGGCAAUCUUUGUAUAUGGUGGUGACCCAGAUACAAAAGAUAAAUGUAAAAUUCCACAACCAGCUGCACUUUAAAUCCUACCUGCCAUGCAUAUCCCUGGCCAUGAUGAAACUCUUCUCUGUGAGGGGCCUGAUAUGAUUCCUGUCGAUGUGGAUUCUAAUUGUAUUUUACUUGCAGUGAAUUUAGUAAUAUUUGCCAAGGGAGAUCAAAAUUCAGGACGGUCUGUCUGCCUUUUUCAAAUCCUCUCCCAGAAGGUGUUGCCAAACCAUUAAAGAUGUAAAAUAUUAUUUAAAUAAUGGAGUGGCACCAUCAGUUCAUCUCAUUUUAAAUGUAUGACGACCCUUUGUUCUGAAACUAACAGUGUGUUGAGACAUGUUCACUCGAUCGCUCAGUCUUUGCUCAUCCAAAUACAUACACACAGUUAUGGUAUGGUAAGUGGGAAUGCUGGGAUUUUAGCAUGAAUGUCAGCAUCGCCCUCUGCAUUAUCCUGUGUUAGUACAUUAAGCUGACUGGUAGAAUCAUCUAUCUUACUGAUUAUAUAGCACUGUAAAUCAGUCCUAAAAUGAUCAAGAUUAUUAAGUAAUACAUGUUUACUGAUUGUGAAUGGUUGUGCCAUUUGAGUCAUUUUUGAUACACUGUAGUUCAACUAAAUCCAUAUUUUUAUAUAUACUAUAUGUACUUAAGACACUCCUUUGUGUCUGCUUUUGUCCAUUUGUAUCUGAAGUUGAGCAUAUUAGUAUGUACAUAUGUUAAGGACAGAAUUGUAAUUUCCUUUAAUAAUGGAAAACUCUGUUACAUUCGGGGUCUUCUGUAUCUCUGUAGAACGCUUGCUAUCUUGAUGCCAUUGUAAUUCAUUGUUGUCUAUUUUUGUAGAUGUUUUAAUAAAGUUAACCUUUUCAAAUAAAUUAAAACGUGCCCUA